CUCGCCCUCUCUCUCUCUGUCUCUCUCUCUCUCUCUCAUCUUGACUUUCAAGUACUCUCUGGUUCUACUGUAAUUCCUUCUCUACUCUCUCUCUCUCUCUCUCUCCCCGAUGGGCGCGUUGAAAUCGGGAAGAAAUUGACAGAGAGAAGACGGGAAGAAGGAAGAUGUUCAGGUUGCACAAACACAAGCCUGACAAAUCUGGCGAGAGGAUUGAUUUCAGCUUCUCCAGCUUUCAGGCUCUUCAGGUACCAAAAGGAUGGGACAAGCUUUUCGUGUCUAUUAUCUCUGUGAAAACUGGGAAAACUAUCACCAAGUCAGGGAAAGCAUCUGUACGCAAUGGGAAUUGUCGAUGGACAGAUACUUUGUCAGAAUCACUUUGGAUUUCACGUGACAAUGCUUCAACAGAGCUUGAGGAUUGCCGCCUUAAGUUUGUUGUUGCCAUGGGAUCGUCUAGAUCUGGUAUCCUUGGAGAGGCUACAGUUAAUCUGGCAGGGUACAUAAGUUCAAAAGUUUCUAAUCCUGAAUCAUUGCACUUGAAAAAAUGCAAUCAUGGAACAAUUUUACAGGUUAAAAUUCAGUGCCUCACACCAAGAGCGAAACUCAGGCAUGGACAUUGGAAGGAAACAGUUUCAUACAUGGAAAAUAUCAAUGCGACUUAUGACGAGAUUGAAAACGAAUCUGAUGUUUCUGAUGGUGCAUUUAGUAGAAGUGUCAGAUCUUCCUCUAGUAAUAUCCUGGAUGGCACAUCUCAUCAGGAAGAACUUUGUAGUAGGGGAACAAGUUUCUCAGCAUUAGGUUCUCGUAAUAGUUUUGAUUCUAUGGAGGGUUCUGCCUGGAGGGAAAGUUCUUCCCCUCGAAGUAACAUAAGUGGGGUUAUAAACAAUAGGAUUGGAAGACAAGAUUCAGUUGACUCUCAGAAUAGUGUUCCGUCUAGCACUUAUUCUGUUGAUGAUCCUAUCAACAACUUUUCUUUUAAAUCAAAGGUCUUUUCAGGAAGUCAAAUUCCAAUUCCACGAGAUGAUUCUCCCCAUUCUAUUGCCACAUCACCAAUACAGAGUGCUAGUUCUUCGAAAGGGCUUCUAGAGACUGCAGAAGUUACAAUUGUGGAGCUUCGUGCAGAAGCAAGGAUGUGGGAACAAAAUGCUCGGAAGUUGAUGAAUGAUCUUGAAAUGUUAAAGAAAGAAUGCUCUGACCAAUCAAAAAACCAAGCAAAUCUAGAAAUGAAGCUUUCAGCAUCACAGGCAGAAUGUAAAGGCUUGAAGGAGGAAGUUGAACGACUGAAAAUAUUAUUGGAGGAAUCAGUAGUGAAACAAGAAGCAACUGAGAAUUUGAAGUUUCACACCAAAGAUGUGAAUGGUAUACAGAAGGAAUUGGAAGAUGAGAUAAAGUUUCAGAAGGAAUCAAAUGUGAAUUUGUCUGUACAGCUAAAGAAAACCCAAGAGUCAAAUGUUGAGCUCAUUUCCAUUCUUCAGGAGCUGGAAGACACCAUUGAAAAACAGAAAAUGGAGAUAAAUAAUCUUCUAACACUGAAAGUGAAGUCUGAAGAUAUGGAGAAGUCCAUCUGUGAACAUGAUGACAGUUCAAGUGCAAAUCCUGCUGGAGAAGUUUUCACCAAGAAGAUGAUAAAGGCUGCUUCUGAUUCAGACUUGGAAGGUAAUAUUGUUGAACAUCCAGUAAGAGAUUCACAAGCAGAGUUUAAACCAGAGAACAGGAACUUGGAGCCCCAGCUCCAGAAGUUGCAAGAAAGCAUCCAAUUUCUGGAAAAAGCCCUCGAGGAAAAAGAUAGGGAGAUAGAGCUCAAACAAGGUUUCAGAACUCAAUCUCUAUUGGAUUGUGAAGCGAAAUGGAUGUGUAAGUUGGUGGCAAAAGAGCAAGAAAUUAUUAUUUUGGAGAAAAAGCUAUCCGAAGUUCUUGAUGCUCAAGGUUCAAAGGAAAUGAAUUUUGAAAGGGGAGGGGAUCACAACCUAAACGAAGAACUUAAAGCUUUAAAGGACAAGAUGCAGGAGCUGGAGAGAGAUUGCAAUGAGCUUACAAAUGAAAACCUGGAACUUCUGUUUAAGCUCAAAGAAUCAAAAAAGGAUCCUCUAACACGCAAUAACUCUGAUAAUUUCUCAUCCUCCUUAUGUGCUUCUACUGAUUGUCCCACUACCUUUGAAUCUGAAAUAACUGAACUCAAGUCCCAAAUAUAUCAGCUUGAACAAGAGCUGAAGAAGAAGGAAAUCUUUAUUAAAGAACUAGCUGCCAACAGCAUACAAAAUCAAUCCUUGGAUCUUGAGAAUAAGAUUACUGACCUGGAGCUCCAAUUGCAAGCUUUCAAGGAUAAAGCUUGUUAUAUCAAUGGUGAACUCCAUGAAUGUCGUGCCAAAGCAGAAGAGCGGGAAAAUGUAUUUGCUGCACUGCAACAACAGUUAGAAUGUUUCCAGGGAAAUAAAACCGAGACAGAUCAUUUUGUCCCUCUCUGUAGAAAAUUUGAAAAUUGUAAAUCCCAUGUUGCCACUGAAUUGUCUAAGAUUUUUUAUGAGUUAUGCAAACAGCUGCAACAAUAUUUAGCCAACAUAAAUAAGCAACAGUGUUCUCUUUGUUUUUCUGUGAAUACGGGGGAUAUUCAGAGUUUCUAUAAUCCAGAGAUCAGUGAAAUCCAAGAUCUGAUGACUCAAAAAGAGCAAGCUGAAGCUAUUUUGAGCAGUUUAAUCCAGCUGAACAAGUUCUUUGAAGGAAAAGAUGAACUUCAAUGUAGUGAAGCUGAUAUCAAAGCAGCAGUUGCAGACUCAGAUGAAUUCCAAAACAAACUGGAUGGUCAUUUGAAAGAAAAUCUUUGUUUUCCUAUUGAAGUGCCAAAGAAUUUCUAUGUGGAACUGGAAACUAAAUUUGCAGAUCUAGGUAAAGAACUGUCGGGAAAAAUUUCUGAGAUACAAGAGCUUAGGGCUGACCAUUCGUUGAAGGUAGAGGAGAUAGAGGCCCUAAGGUGUUGCCAGAGGGAAUUGGAAAUUCAAAUAUCUGAUCUUCAAAAGGAAAAAACAAAGUCGGAGGAAAAUAUGAAGAUUCUGCUGAGACAAAGUCGCAUCACCUCUGACUGUCUGGAUAAUGUACGGAAUGAUAUGGUGGUGCUUAAUAGCUAUAUGGAUUCUCAGGUUUCUGCCAACAAGGUUCUUGAGAAGAAAUCAUUGGAACUAGAAAGUGGCAAAGAUGAACUGGAGCUCCACUUAUCCGAAUUAGAAGAAGAAAAUGUACAACUAUCGGAACGGGUGUCUGGUUUGGAAGCUCAACUAAGAUACUUGACUGAUGAUAAGGAGUCAAAUCGUUUGGAGCUGCUAAAUUCUGCCUCUCAUGCCAUGGAACUCCAGGAUGAGAUUAAAAGAUUGGAAACUGAGAUGGAAGAACAAAAAUUUGACAUGAAACAGAAGUUGCAGGACAUGCAAAAGAGGUGGUUAGAAGCUCAGGAAGAGUGUGAGUAUCUGAAGAGAGCAAAUCCAAAAUUACAAUUGACAGCUGAAAGUCUUAUUGAAGAGUGUAGUUUGCUUCAGGAGGUGAAUGUAGAGCUAAGGAAGCGAAAAAUGGAAUCAGAUGCGCACUGUACAGUCUUGGAUGCUCAACUGAGAGAAUCACAUGAAAAAUUUUCCAAUAUCUCAAAGAAAGCUGAAGCGUUAGAAGCAAAAUUUUCUUCAAUGCUGGAAGAAAUUGCUUCAAAAGAGAGAAUCCUGAGUUCACAACUAGAUGCAGUUCUUUAUGAACACAAAGAAUACAAAGAGAAACUUGUCCUGGGAGAGAGCCUCUUAAAUCAGAUGUACCUGGAGAAGGCAGAAGAAGUUGAGAACCUUCAAAGAGAGGUAGCACACCUCACUGAGCAGAUAUCCGCAACUCAUGAUGAGAGGGAAAGAGCAGCUUCAAAAGCUGUGCUAGAAGUUUCUAGCUUAUGGGCAGAUAAAUCAAAGCUGGAAGCUGCUUUUCAAGAAGUCCAAGGAAAACUCAAGUUGUGUGAGAAGAGACUUGCAACUCUCCAGAUAGAAUCUGAAAAUAAGGUGCUACUGCUUAUGGGUGAGCUCACUACCUCUCAACAGGAUCAUGAAAUUUUGAUGGCUAGCCACAAAAAACUUCUAGCAUUGUUGGAGGAUGCCAAUUCUAAUGAAGAGAGACUCAAAAGUACUGUUUGUGGGCUGGAGUUGAAACUUCAAGCUUCUGAGUAUGAAAGGCUUCAACUGGAAGAACGAAUUGCAGGCCUUAAUGUUAAAUUGCACAAAAUACCAGUGCUCCAAGAUGAAAUCUUGGCUCUAAAGACUUCACUAAAUGCUGCUAAAUUUGAAAAUGACGGGCUGGAAGCAUCAGUUAAGUUAUUAUCCGGAGAGACUGAAGAUUUGAAGGCUGAGAAGACUUCAUAUGUUCAGAAAAUCUCGAGUAUGCAGAAGACAAUAUCUGAAUUAGAAGAUUGCAGACACUAUAAAGUUUCCCUUGAGGAGAAGAUUCUGCGGCUAGAAGGGGAUUUAAUAGCAAGGGAAGCAUUAUGUGCCCAGGAAGCUGAAUUGAAGAAUGAGCUUGGCCGGUUGAAGAUAACACAUAGCCAAUUUCAGCGAAAGAUAAAAAUUCUUGAGGAAGAGAAAGAAGAGUGCCUGAAGAGAGCUCAAGCCCUUGAAGAGAAGCUGAAACAGAUAAAAGAAGGAAAACUAGGUCCAAGUGACUCCAGUGCUAAAGACUUUUACACUGAAUCCAGCUGCACAAGUAUUUCUGUCCUUGAUGAGUUAAAGUUCUCAGAGGUUGAUGGUGGGCACUGUACUAGUGGAAGUUCUCAAGUUGCUGGUAUUGAUCCAUUCUCAAAAAUCCAGAAUGAAAUUGCUGAGGCAUUGGGAGCGAAUGACUUGUACAAAAAACAGCUUAAUAGGUUGUUGUCCGAGGGGAAAAACAGUGAUCUAGAUGCCCCAAAGAGUUUGCCAGUUUCAGACGAUGCAGCAAGAAAAAAAGGAAGUGAGCACAAGGAAUCAUCGCUUGAGGAAGAGCUGAGAGACAUUCGUGAGCGCUACUUUCGCAUGAGCCUCAAGUAUGCUGAGGUAGAGGCUCAGCGCGAGGAUCUCGUCAUGAAGCUCAAGGAAGUCAAUAAUGGAAGGAGCUGGUUUCCAUAACUCACAGAGAAUGGUGAGUCUCAUCUUAUAUAUUCUUUUUCCUAACACUUCGCAUUCUUUCAAGAUUCAUAGCUCUAAUUCAAUUAACUAGAAGAAAAUAAAAUGUAUAUAGCAUUUGGAGGAUGAAAAAAGGCAAUGAAAAAAAAUUACCUGUAACAAAAUUUAAAUAGGUGAGUUGGCGAUGUUGGGCGCAAGGCAUGGUUGUCAGUAUGUUAGAUUAUUAAAAUGAAAUUAUAAUUGUCGAUUCCAGGCAAAAUUACAUGUAAAA